AUGACAAGCCAGUGUGGCUGCGGAGUGUGCUGUUUCCCAACGUGUCCACCUUCUAACCACGCGAAACCAAUGAUGCCUUACGACGAAAUAUCGCACGAGGUGGACAAUAAUUUCAUCUCUUUUAAAUUGCCAAAAAAUGUGAGGCAAGCGGAGAACGUUUCGAAAGAGUAUCCACGAGCAUCUUCGGGGGAUAAACCAGAGAACGAGACGGGUCAAGAGUUCACGGUGGGUUGCAAGAAGCUGAACGUCAUCCCGAAUAAAUCGCCACCUCCUAAGAAGCCGGACGAGGAAAUGUUCAUCUUGAGUACGUCAAAGAGACUGAUAAACAAAAUACGAGCGAGAUUCGUGAGGCAUGCGGAGAACGUUUCGAAAGACUAUCCACGAGCAUCUUCGGGGGAUAAACCAGAGAACGAGACCGGUCAAGAGUUCACGGUGGGUUGCAAGAAGCUGAACGUCAUCCCGAAUAAAUCGCCACCUCCUAAGAAGCCGGACGAGGAAAUGUUCAUCUUGAGUACGUCAAAGAGACUGAUAAACGUAGACGAGCUAAAAAACAGUCUUGAAAUCGAGAUCAGGACUCCCAGAAAUUACAUUCCAUUACCCGAGCCUGGACCUCCACCGCCGAUUAUUCAGAUCAUCCCGAAAACGCCGGAAAAACGCAAGGGCAAAAAGAAGAAAAAAUGA